AUGUGCAUGUUGUCUACAAAAGCUACGUGCAACUCUCACGGCCAAGACUCCUCAUACUUCCUAGGCUGGCAAGAGUAUGAGAACAAUCCCUACCAUGAGGUCCAGAAUACCAAAGGGAUUAUUCAGAUGGGUCUUGCGGAGAAUCAAUUAUCCUUUGAUAUUCUUGAGUCAUGGCUUGCGAAGAACCCAGACGCAGCUGGAUUCAAGAGAAGUGGAGAGUCCAUAUUUGCCGAGCUUGCUCUCUUCCAAGAUUAUCACGGCCUUCCCGCAUUCAAAAAGGCAUUGGUAGAUUUCAUGGCGGAAAUCCGAGGAAACAAAGUCACCUUUGAUCCCAACCACUUGGUUCUCACCGCCGGUGCAACUUCAGCAAAUGAGACCCUUAUUUUCUGCCUCGCCAACCCUGGCGAAGCCGUUCUCAUUCCUACCCCAUACUACCCAGGAUUUGAUAGAGACCUCAAGUGGCGCACCGGGGUUGAGAUUGUACCCAUACACUGCACGAGCUCCAAUGACUUCCAAAUUACUGAAACCGCUCUCCAAGAAGCCUACCAAGCAGCCCAAAAACGCAAUCUAAGAGUCAAAGGCGUCUUGGUCACGAACCCUUCAAACCCAUUGGGUACCACAAUGACCAGAAGUGAACUCAACCUCCUCCUUUCCUUCGUCGAAGACAAAGGCAUCCAUCUAAUUAGUGAUGAAAUUUAUUCCGGCACUGUUUUUAGCUCCCCAUCCUUCACAAGCGUCAUGGAAAUUCUCAAAGAGAGAAAAUGUGACGAGAAUUCCCCAAUGUGGAACCGAGUUCACGUUGUUUACAGCCUUUCUAAGGAUCUUGGCCUUCCCGGUUUUCGAGUUGGCGCCAUUUAUUCCAACGACGACAUGGUUGUGGCAGGCGCCACAAAAAUGUCAAGCUUCGGGCUUAUAUCUUCUCAAACUCAGUACCUUCUCUCCGCCAUGCUUUCUGACAAGAAACUUACUAAGAACUACAUUUCCGAGAACCAAAAGAGGCUCAAACAACGUCAAAAAAGGCUCGUAUCCGGCCUUCAGAAAGCCGGGAUUAGCUACCUCAAGGGCAAUGCCGGCUUGUUCUGUUGGGUAGACAUGAGACACUUGCUCAGGUCCAACACUUUCGAAGCCGAAAUGGAGCUUUGGAAAAAAAUUGUGUACGAAGUUCGUCUCAAUAUCUCUCCCGGAUCGUCUUGUCAUUGCACAGAACCUGGCUGGUUCCGUGUCUGCUUUGCCAACUUAUCCGAGAAAACUCUGGACUUGGCAAUGCAUCGGCUGAAGGCCUUUGUCGGCGAGUACUGCAACGUCCCCGCCACCAAUGGUCGCAGCCAAACCAACCACUCGAGAAGACGGUCACUCACUAAGUGGGUUUUUUCGGCUAUCCUUCGACGACCGCAGCCCCGUGCCGGGUCGAUGAAACGAUAG